AUGAGUCUCCGGCCCAGCCUCUCUCCCCGCCUUCCCCGCCCUUCCCGGUCACUGUGCGCGCUGCUGGCGCUGCUGCUGCUGCUAACGCCGCCAGCGCCCCUGGCUAACGCUGGUCCAGUAGCAGGGAAAGUGGUGAGAGAACUGCGCUGCGUUUGUUUAUCCACCACGCCCGGAAUUCACCCCAAAAUGGUCACUAAUCUCCAGGUGAUCGCCGCAGGCCCACAGUGCCCCAAGGUGGAAGUGGUAGCCUCCCUGAAGAACGGAAAGGAAGCCUGUCUGGACCCUGAGGCUCCUUUGAUCAAGAAAAUCGUCCAGAAAAUUUUGGACGGCAGUGGAAACAAAAAUUAAGAGAACGGAACACGCAUUGGAAGGACUGUCCAGCUUUCAGCUGA